AUAAAUUACUCUGUAUAGGAGGAGCUGGAUCAGAGAAAGGCAGAUCAAGUAGGGUGAUACUACAGCAGCUGCACAACCAAAGGAAGGAGAGAGACAAUACCUAAGAACCUUGCAUCAUAACUGCUAAUACUGUCAUAAUGCUGGAUACACUUAGCAGCCAGUACGACUCUUUUCUCUACUGGAAACUCCCCAUUCCAGAGCUCGAUCUGUCUGAGUUAGAGUGCUUGGGCCUUGAUGACACCAAAAAACACAGAACCAUGACCUCCAUUGACCAGAAAAAUGAGGAAGAAGAUGACCAUCUGACACAAUACAAUGCCUUCAACUUCUGGAGGGCUCCUAUCGCUAGCAUUGAUACUCUUGAUUUUGACUUGUUUUAAAGCCCUCUGACUGCACUCUUUAACUGUCUUACACAUAUUUAUUAUUGUUUGAAGACCCUGGAGGUUCUGUUUUUAUUUAAAGCUAUUUAAUGUUAAUAUAAUGACAAAUCAUACAUAAAUUACCUGUUUUGUUAAAUAUAUCACUGGCACAAAUUGUACAUUUGUACAUCUCUUGCCUAACUUGCAUGAUAAGUUUAUACUAUACUUGUAUGUGCUGAAAAGCUUACUCAUAUUUUGUGCCUGUGUGAUGAUGGAAAGAAUGGAAUUGUGUGGUUAUUUGUAAAGAAUCUUUGCUCUAAUUUUCGAUUUACUUAUAACCAAAUGAAUAAUGAAAGUGUGAUGAUGUGUUAAGCACAUCUCACUGUUCAGAACAUUUUUAUUUGUCUAUUAAGCUGUGAGGUUAGCCAUUCUGUGAUGUAGCACUGCCUAAAUAUAACAAUGGUAUCAUCCAUAAAGGGACACUAAAUGCAUUUAAGGCACCUCCCUCUUUAUCAUGGGUGCUGCCAUUAUGGAACUUAGGUUACGCUGCAGGUAUCUGAAGGAGAGUAACUACACACGUGCAAACACAUCAGCACUGGAAGGUAGUGAAAGAUAGACUUAACAUAGCUGCACCCCAGGCCGGAAGUAACCUCAAUACUAUGCUUAUAAAAAUUAGUGUUUAAUGUCCCUUUAAACACAGAGGGGAUGAUUACAAUCCAAAUAUAUCAAAUGAUGUAUCUACAAAAUUUCCCCUAGACUUUAAUUGUGAUUUCCUGUAAAAAAAUAUUUAAUAAGUUUUUGUUCAGGAUUGUGAUCAACCCUAAAGUGCAUUCAGAAUACUAUGCAUUGAUUUACAAAUAAUGAAUCCCCAAUUCAACAUAAUAUUUAUUGUAAACUUAAAACACAGUUGCUAAUAGUGUUUUAAGUUAUAAGAAAUAGAUUUCUUAAUGCUUUUUAAUGCUCUGACAAGACCCAGAUAAUAUUAGUGAGAACUCAGUUAAUUAAAAAAGUGGACAUGGAAAUCAGGUAGAGCAGGGCUUUUUACCUAAAGGAACACAGUGGCAUUUGAAACUGAACACAUUGUAGAAAUACUUUGAACUGAACAAUAAAUAGAUGCUUUACUUAUCAAUAACCUUCAAUUGAGAAACCUAUAACAGAACAUUAUUUUGACUUGCACAAGUACCAUCAUAUGCAUAUACACAUUAUGCUAUAAUGUACUUAUGCUACUGUACGAGUUCAGAAAGACAUAGCUACAGGAUCUCCCUGAUACCCCCUGCCCCAUUUGCUACCUCUAUCAAUACACAUUUCCUGCUUAUAAGGUAAUAUUGUUAAUACAAGAUCAAAGUUCUGCAACAUUCCUUCCUAGUUCAAACACAGAAUUCAUUAUGGAAAAGGGGGGCAUAUAAAAUGCAUUUGAGGACCAUAUAGCAGUGGCCCCUAGGCCUCAGGAUUGGCAAGUAGGGUGCCAAAACGUUUAAUGGCUCUCAAAAAGUCUCUCUUUUAAAGGUACAUUCUACUGUAAAUAAAAGUGAGGAUGCAUUUUUCUUUACCAUAUAUUCUAUAUAUAUAUAAAACCAAAAAAUGGUGCAUAUGCACCAAUCAGCUUCUCAGUAUUUCCAAAAUAAAUUUACACUGUAGUCUUUACAAACCUGCUGUGCCACAUAUCCCCAUUUUUAUUUAAAUUCAGUGUAAAGGCAAAUUCCUAUUAGACCCUAUAUAAAAGGCUUCUCUAUGCCACAUGUAUAAAAUAACAGACCUCAAAAGCUCAAUAUCUCACCUGGACAACUUGACAUAUAGAAGGCAUGCGUUUUACAGUACUGAUGUAGUAGAUAGCUGGUUUAUCCAUAACUGAUACAGAUAUAGGCAUUAAUGGCCUAGAAUUGUUCUAAGAGACAGGGCUACGGACAGAAAAUGAGACAAAAAAUAAAUAAAAAUUCAAGGCCUCUGGACGUGGCCAAGGAAGGUGGGUUAGACUCAGCAUAGGGAUUAUGGGAACGAUUUGAGGGAGCAUUGUGACAAAAGGCUGAGUUCUAAGAGCUCUGAGGCUGUUGCAGCUAUAUUUGUCUUAGAAAAUAUGCUGGUGCAACUUCUUAAGCCUAUCGCAUAUUGUUGAAUAUUACAGUCAAAUUAUAAUAAUUUGAAAAAAAUGUAUCAUUGACAAUUAUAUUGUAUACAUUUUUAUACUUUGUUAUAAGUAUUUGUUUCUCAUAAGGCAUUGACCACUGCAAUGGAAUUGAACCUGCCCGUAAGGAACUUUCUGUGUCAAAUUAUGUCACAUUUAUUUAUAAAAUAUUGUACCAGGAAGGAUACAUUGAGAUUUCUCUUGUUUUCAAGUAUGUCCUGGGUAUGUCCACAUGCUAUUUGUACUGCCACAAUUAAAAUGUUUCCUAGCUAACAUAA